AUGUCAAUUACACCACCCUUGUCAUCAACAAUGUUAAAUACGCCACAAUUGUCAUCAACAAUGUCAGUUACACCACACUUGUCAUCAACCAUGUCAAUUACACCACAGUUGUCAUCAACAAUGUCAAAUACACCACAGUUGUCAUCAACAAUGUCAAUUACACCACCCUUGUCAUCAACAAUGUCAAUUACACCACAAUUGUCCUCAAAAAUGUCAAAUACACCACCCUUGUCAUCAACAAUGUCAAUUACACCACCCUUGUCAUCAGCAAUGUCAAUAACACCACCCUUGUCAUCAACAAUGUCAAAUACGCCACCCUUGUCAUCAACAAUGUCAAUUACACCUUCCUUGUCAUCAACAAUGUCAAUUACACCACCCAUGUCAUCAACAAUGUCAAUUACACUACCCUUGUCAUCAACAAUGUCAGUUACACCACCCUUGUCAUCAACAAUGUCAGUUACACCACCCUUGUCAUCAACAAUGUCAAUUACACCACCCUUGUCAUCAACAAUGUUAAAUACACCACCCUUGUCAUCAACAAUGUUAAAUACACCACCCUUGUCAUCAACAAUGUCAAUUACACCACCCUUGUCAUCAGCAAUGUCAAUAACACCACCCUUGUCAUCAACAAUGUCAAAUACGCCACCCUUGUCAUCAACAAUGUCAAUUACGCCUUCCUUGUCAUCAACAAUGUCAAAUACACAACCCUUGUCAUCAACAAUGUCAAUUACACCACCCUUGUCAUCAACAAUGUCAAAUACACCACCCUUGUCAUCAACAAUGUCAGUUACACCACCCAUGUCAUCAACAAUGUCAGUUACAACACCCUUGUCAUCAACAAUGUCAAUUACACCACCCUUGUCAUCAACAAUGUCAGUUACACCACACUUGUCAUCAACAAUGUUAAAUACACCACCAAUGGCAUCAACAAUGUCAAUUACACCACCCUUGUCAUCAACAAUGUCAAUUACACCACACUUGUCAUCAACAAUGUUAAAUACACCACCCUUGUCAUCAACAAUGUCAGUUACACCACCCUUGUCAUCAACAAUGUCAGUUACACAACUCUUGUCAUCAACAAUGUCAAUUACACCACUCUUGUCAUCAACAAUGUUAAAUAAACCACACUUGUCAUCAACAAUGUUAAAUACACUACCCUUGUCAUCAACAAUGUCAAAUACACCACACUUGUCAUCAACAAUGUCAAAUACACCACACUUGUCAUCAACAAUGUCUAAUACACCACACUUGUCAUCAACAAUGUCAAAUACACCACCCUUGUCAUCAACAAUGUUAAAUACACCACCCUUGUCAUCAACAAUGUCAAAUACACCACCCUUGUCAUCAACAAUGUUAAACACACCACCCUUGUCAUCAACAAUGUCAAUUACACCACACUUGUCAUCAACAAUGUCAAAUACAUCACCCUUGUCAUCAAAAAUGUUAAAUACACCACCCUUGUCAUCAACAAUGUCAAUUACACCACCCUUGUCAUCAUCAAUGUUUAAAAAAUCACUCUUGUCAUCAAGAAAGCUUUUUUUAAGGUAUCCUUAUCAACAAUGCUAA